GAGAAAGUUGACGCCUUCCCACCAUGAACGGUACAAUCGAUUCUCAGUCACCUCCCUCUCCUGAACGGGGUCCUGAACACGCUCAAGGGAACCGAAAUGCAGAUUCGAAGCCCAGUAACGCCUCUCAAAGUCAAUUCAAAAUGCGAUAUAUCUUGAGCGGACAUACUAGAGCCGUUUCCGCACUGAAAUUCAGUCCUGACGGCACUUUAUUGGCUUCAUCUGGCUCGGACAAAUUAAUCAAGUUAUGGGAUGCGUAUACUGGUGAUGCGUUGUCUACCCUUGAAGGCCAUAAAGAAGGAAUAUCGGACAUAGCUUGGUCGAGCGAUGGUGAAUACCUUGCCUCUGCCUCCGAUGACAAGACUGUCAAGAUAUGGAACGCGGCUCUCGGUGUAGAAACCAUAACCCUACUGGGCCACACAAGUGUAGUUUUUUGUGUCAACUACAACCAUCGCUCUAAUCUCCUCGUUUCGGGUGGCUUCGAUGAGACUGUGCGUGUAUGGGAUGUUGCGAGAGGAACGACUUUAAAGGUGCUUCCUGCUCAUUCCGACCCUGUCACUGCUGUAAGCUUCAAUCACGAUGGAACCCUUAUUGUUUCGUGUUCAAUGGAUGGGUUGAUUCGCAUAUGGGAUUCUGAUUCUGGGCAAUGUCUGAAAACUAUCGUUGACGACGAUAAUCCAAUAUGGUCUGUGACUCAACGGAUCCGGAGCUACAUCAGCAUCAUGUUGAGCUGAAACUACAGUUCUCACGUGAAAUUUUCCGCCAACUCAAAACUCGUACUAGUUUCGACGCAAGAUUCGACAAUACGACUCUGGGAUUAUCAUAGCUCCCGAUGCGUGAAGACAUACACAGGGCACACAAAUCGCGUAUAUUGCUUAUGUGCUUGCUUCAGUGGUUCGAAAACGACUACGAAAUACAUUGUGAGUGGUAGUGAAGACAAUAAAGCGUAUGUAUGGAAUCUGCAAACGCGUAAAGUUUCGCAAGUUCUUGAAGGUCAUCGAGAUGUAGUUCUCGCGGUGGCGGUGCGUAGCUUGCACCUUCAUUGCAGGAAAGUUGGGAUUGACGAUCAUGUACAUGUAGACCCAUCCAACAAUAGAGAUCAUAGCUACAGCCUCGAUGGAGAAGGAUCCUACUAUUCGUUUAUGGUGGCCCGAUGGUACUGUAAUCCCUAGGCAAGAGUAGUCAGCAGUAUGACCGGAGUUAUGACAAAUUGAGGCGGUGUAUUAGAUAAGGCCUGGAGCUGGUAUAUAAGCCGCAGAGGGCGGGGGUAAGCUGCACCCA